AUGGCUACCUUGGACGUGGAAGCACUCCUGGACGCCACUGCGAAGGACACCGCCGAGCAGAAGACUAAGAGCCCUGUAGAGGAUAGAACAAGGGAUGAGCCUGAACGAAGGGAGCGCGAUCGUGGUGGCCGUGAUCGAGAUGGAAGCCGACAUCGCGACCGCGACCAUGGUCGACGCCGAGACCGCCGAGACAGCCAAAACCGAAGCCGUAAAGGCACCCCCGACGUAGGAACACCACGAAGCGAUGCUGGCAGCCACAAGAGUAGGAGAAGGAGCCGCAGCCGUGACAGUGACCGCCGUCACACGCGCCGAAACAGAGACGGCGAUUACUACCGUGGCGGACGACGCUCACGCUCACGAUCUCGUUCCCCUUACCGCCAUUACCGACCUCGUGAUGAUCGAGAGCCCCGUGAACGAAGAGAUCGCGGCGACCGACGAAACCGGGACUUUGGGCGCGGUCGGGAUGACGAUCGUCGGGAAACAAAGCGCGAAGAAGGCAACCCGCAGCUUACCGAAGACGAACGAGAUCGACGCACUGUGUUUGUCCAGCAGCUUGCCGCUCGUCUCCGCACCCGCGAACUAAAGGAGUUCUUUGAAAGGGUUGGACCCGUCAAUGAGGCUCAGAUUGUCAAGGAUCGUAUCAGCCAGAGAUCCAAGGGAGUUGGUUACGUCGAAUUCAAGAACGAAGAAUCUGUUACCCAGGCACUUCAACUUACUGGACAAAAACUCCUAGGUAUCCCCGUCAUCGUGCAGGUGACAGAAGCCGAGAAGAACCGACAGGCACGAAACCCUGAAGCUUCAGGGCCCCAUCCCAAUUCUAUUCCGUUCCACCGCCUUUACGUCGGCAACAUCCAUUUCAACGUUACCGAACAGGACUUGCAAGCUGUCUUUGAGCCCUUUGGCGAGCUCGAGUUCGUUCAGCUCCAAAAAGAUGAGAAUGGUCGCAGUCGCGGUUAUGGCUUUGUCCAGUUCCGUGAUGCUGGCCAGGCACGAGAGGCAUUGGAGAAGAUGAAUGGCUUUGAUUUGGCCGGACGUCCUAUUCGUGUCGGACUCGGAAACGAUAAGUUUACCCCUGAGAGUACUGCCAACAUGUUGCAGAGAUUUUCCGGACAGAACCAGCAAAACCCUAACUUCCAGGGCUCUGCUUUCUCUGGUUCUGGCGGACGUGGCCCUCAAAACUCUACUUUCGACCGAGCCGGUGGUCGAGAUAAUGAGAAGACAGGAGGUGCCAGUGCUCUCGAUGAUACCGAUGUCGCUGGUGUCAACUUUAACAACUAUAGUCGCGAUGCAUUGAUGAGGAAGCUUGCUAGAACGGACGAUUCGGCCCCCACUAAUGGCCACGAAGAACGACAAGUCCUCAAACCCAAGACGGAGACGAAGCCAUUGCCUGUUAAUGUCAACAUGGCCAGUCGAUGUGUGGUUUUGCACAACAUGUUUGACCCCGAAGAAGAAGAAGGCACCGACUGGGUCAAGGAGCUUGAGGACGAUGUUCGUCAAGAAGCCGAGAGUAAAUAUGGACAUGUCGUCCACAUCUCGGUUGAUCCAAACUCCAAGGGUGACAUCUAUCUCAAAUUUGACAAAGUCCAGGGCGGCGAAAAUGCCAUCAAGGGCCUCAACGGCCGAUACUUCGGCGGACGAAUGAUCGACGCGUCACCUGUUGUAGAUGCCGUCUACAGCAGUUUGUUUUCUCGUACCCGGGCAAUUUGA